AUGAAUGCAUUCGCUUUCACGGACGAUGAUUCCAUUUUCCAGGGGCACAGAAAAUACCACGUGAUAUUCUUGGGUCUCGUGAUGACCACAGUAGCUGAUCCCCAGCGUCAGCGACCAGCAUCGAACCCACGUCCGACUACCUCUAAACGUCCCACUGAGGCAAUCAGUCAACAAUCAGCAUCAACGGUGUCAACAUCUCAAAAAAUGAGCAGCAGUGUCAGUAAUUCUGCAAGCACCAAGCCGCAGACUGCAACUGCACCCCCGUCUUCAUCUCAAACAAUGUCCAUGGCAGUUUCAGCCAGGGUCCCUUCCCAAGAACAAGGGGACGUGAAAAAGAUGGACGCACUCAAGACGACUAUGACAACUAUGUCAGGGUCAACUUUGUCCAAGAGAACCACUGGUGUGAGUGAGGAGGACAGUUUGGAUGACAGCAGCAGUGAUGAAGACGACUCACGCAGCUCUAAUAAAUAUGGCACUACUGAUUUCCAGCCGACGGAAAAUAAAAAUGUUCCUGCAGUGAACAACAACAAAUGGAGUGACAGAACCGCUUACACCAGACUCAUCAACAUGACCAGAGUCGAUCAUAUUGAAGCCGAAUGCCAAGAUGAUUUCAUGAAGAUAUUCAUCCGGUUCAACGGGACUUUCGAUGGCUUGAUUUACUCUUCCGGAUACAGUUACGACCCCGACUGCAUCUACAUAAACGGAAGCGGAAAGAGUGACUACGAGUUCUUCAUCCAGCUCAACAGAUGCGGAACAUUGGGCGGCAACAACCACGACACAGUGGAUAAAAGCAGAAAUCAGCCUUCAAAAAGCUUCAUGUGGAACACAGUGACAAUUCAAUACAACAUGAUGAUCGAGGAAGAGUGGGAUGAGCAUUUCAAAGUCACCUGCGAAUACGGCUACGAUUUCUGGAAAACCGUCACUUUCCCGAUGCUCGACGUUCAGGUUGCCACCGGAAACCCAGUCGUCUUCACCCUGACGCCUCCCGAGUGCCACAUGGAAAUUCGCUACGGAUACGGAAUCACAGGCAACAGAAUCACUGGACCAGUUCGAGUUGGAGACCCCCUCACUCUCGUAAUCUACAUGAGAAGUCAAUACGAGGGAUUUGAUAUGGUGGUGAACAACUGCUUUGCACACAACGGUGCCCAGAAGAAAAUCCCGCUGAUCGACAGAUUCGGGUGUCCUGUGGAUGAGAAGCUAAUUAGUAGUUUCCAAGGAACUUGGACGAAUGAUGGAGUUUAUGAAACCCAGGUGUACGCGUACAUGAAGGCCUUCAGGUUCACCGGCAGUCCUGCUUUGUACUUGGAAUGCGAAGUUCGAAUGUGUCAUGGAUACUGUCCAUCCCAGCCUUGCCAUUGGAGGUCAGCCGGAAGACGGAAGCGUGAUUUGCCCGCCUUGGGCCACAGCAGCGGCAGUCACCACGUGGCCGGGGUUCCGAGCCUGAAAUCCGGGCCCUAUGUGCCGUACCCGGGCUUCCCGAGACAAGCCCGACUGACUCGCGGCGACGACAUCGAGUUCACCGACGAGGAGGAAGACGGGUUCAGCCAAAGCGGAAGUGCGUCGAAUGUUACCACCAUCAGCCUGUUCCAGGCCCUGCAAGUCCUCAAGGACGCCCUGCAAGUCCUCAAGGACGUGCCGGAAGACGAGCUGCCAGCCGACACCGACGACGAGGCUAACAGGAACAGUGCUUCCGGGACCAGGUCCCAAUCGGAUGUGCAAAAGGGUGGUUUUUCUCCUGACUCGGAGAAUUUUUGCAUCAAGACCGGCGUGUUCACUGCGCUUCUGGGAGUUUGCAGUUUGAUGAUUCUCUUGAUGGCAACAGCUUGUUGCUUCCUGUUCAUGAGAAUGAGAAAAUCCUCGUCGACCCAGGAGAAAAUCGAGCCCCAACACGACUUCGUUGCUCCUCGUCGUCGAUUGCGUUGAAAAUACAACAACAACAAAGAAAUCCUUGGCAUCGACAAGAAAUUUUAAUUUGAAACUUUGCUCCCUCGAAAGUACGCCUUUCGUCUGAUGCCGAUGCUUGUUUAAAUCCUGUUUCUUAUCACACUACGAUUUGUGGAAUUUCAUACUGUAAAUCAGCGAGUUCGGAAAGGAAAGAAAAUUUCGUGAAGCCAUAUGCGAAAUAUAUUUCUGGAAAUGUUAAGAGACAAAAAGUGGGGAAAAAUGGACUGAUUGACAGGAAAUGAAAUUGCUGGGAGUGAGGGAAGCUUGAAGAGGCAUUUUGUGAUUCGAGGUGGAGCAG